AUGGAAGCUGCAAAGGGAAUAGUGAAAGCUGUGGCUCUCCUCGUCGGAGAUAACAACGUUAGAGGUUCUCUUCAGUUUAGUCAAUACCUCAACGGGAAUUAUACACAUGUGACUGGAAAGAUAACAGGGUUAUCACCAGGUCUUCAUGGAUUUCAUAUUCAUGCUCUUGGUGAUACCACCAAUGGCUGCAUCUCCACUGGUCCUCACUUCAAUCCACUGAAGAAGGAUCAUGGAGCUUCUUCGGAUGAUGAGAGACAUGCCGGUGAUUUGGGUAACAUUGUUGCAGGACCUGAUGGAGUUGCUUUGAUUUCUAUCAAAGAUCGACAGAUUCCAUUAAGUGGAGCUCAUUCCAUACUCGGGAGGGCCGUUGUUGUUCAUGCUGAUCCUGAUGAUCUUGGAAGAGGUGGACAUGAACUCAGCAAAACUACUGGAAAUGCAGGUGCAAGAGUAGCAUGCGGUAUCAUUGGACUCCAGUCAUCAGUUUAG